UGGAGAAGGUAGUGAAGCAGGGCUAUCACCAGCGAAUUGCCAGAGUGACCGUGUGGAUCUGGAGAAGUCUUUGCCGAUGAAGAAAGCAGCUCUCCCCACUUCCGAUUCAGGGCAUUGCACAGCUGAAGAGGCGUUUGCAUCGGAAGAUAAAUCUAAAGAAAGCUCCUCACUUGGUGCAGAGGAAGAGGACUCAGAAAAUGAAAAGGCUAUUAGAAAAAAGUUUUCAAAGUCUUCUCAAGUGAGCAGUGGUCAGAAACUGGGGCCAAGGAACUUAAUUGAUGAGACCAGUGAUAUAGAAGAUUUACUCAAAGAGGAAGAAGAUUACAAGGAAGAAAAUAAUGAUUCCAAAGAAACCUCACGUGCCCUCAGGUGGAAGGAAGACCUUUCCAGAAAGGCAACUGAGGGCUUUCUGAGGCAGCAGCAAGCAGCUUCAAACCUCCGAAAGCUUAUUUACGGGACAGGUAAAGAAUUCUGGUUCAGAGCUGGAAACGUUUUAGUUUCUCUGAUUGUUUUCUGAAAAGGAGAUGAGGGAAUUGGUUGAUUGGGCUGGUAUUGUUGACAUCCAUAAUUGCUGGCCAUCACAUUUCAUAUUUGGCAGAUUAAUCAUCAGCUUAUGAGGACCACACUUUGGUCUUAUGAAGUAGACUUAUGGGUUUGUUGUAAAACUUGAUGCAAAUACUGUCCAUUGCAUCAUGUUAUGUCCCCUAUUUAAAAGUCCUUCAUGAGAAACUUUUUGAGAAUUUGGUGCUAGAAAAAUACUUCUGACCAUAAAAAUAUUUAUUUUUUCCUUUCUGAGAAUGAGAACCCUAUAUAACACAGUUUGUUCUCCCUUUUGCCCUUGUCUUCUGAUUUCACGCUUUAUUAAACUUACCUAUAUGUUCUUUCUGGUAGAAUUAAUGCAAAAGUAAAUAGAUAGUGGUUAACUUUACAUUGUGCUCCCUGGUUACUGCACGAUGAGAUCAAGGCCACAUGGUGAGACAUUUGGGCUCAGCACACUGAGUUGGGAGGGUUGUUGUGAACUGAUUUUCAUUCAGGUUUUGUCUAAGUACCCUUAGUGAUGAGAGGCUCAACACUCUUUAGAGCUCUUCUUUAAUCAUCUAAAGCUCUGCUUUUAAAUGUCCCUUCCCUCCCUUGACCCCUAAUAGUCUCGUUCCUCGGCCUCUUAGCUGCUGCCAUGCAGGAGUGUAGGAGCCCCACACAUGUAGAGCAAUAGCUUCCUGGCUCUCUUAACCUGUGACUGCCCUGCCCUCUCAGUGCCUAACUCAUAUGUGGCCAUUGCCAUACCCACCACAGACAGAGGACCUCAGUUCCUGAGUUCGAAGACUCAUGGCCUAACUUGUCGAAAACAAUGAGUCCUCCAGGGCUAUAGUUUUUGUUCUCACUUUUCUGCCAUGGCAUCCUCUUUAGUGGCAGAAGAUAAUGAAGAAGAAGAUCAUGAUACCCAAGAAGAGCUUGCAGGGUUGUUUCAUGUCAACCAGACUGACAGAGAGUGGAAGCACAAGGCUGACUCUUUAGACUACUCUGGAUUUCUUGUGGAGGCCCUCCGUGACUGGGAUUUAGAGGAAGUAAGGCUGGGUAGUACAUUUGAUUUAUUAGAGGAUUGUUCUAGAAUAAGAUUAUCUGAUGUCAAUAUUGCUUACCUGUUGCUGGCUUCUUAUUUUUACAGGAUUACAGGUCAUUCUCCGAGAUAUUACAGUGGGCACUUCAUGCAUCCUAAGCAGUAACAUGUUCUGAGUUUAGUUAGACCAUGUACAUGGCCCACGGAGGACAGGUUCAGCUUCCAGUGUGGACAGUAGUGUGCAUCUUCAUUUU